AUGGCUCUAAUUGAAGCCUUGUUAACCUCCAGUCCAGAUCUACGUCGGAUUUACGUGGUAGUUCGUGAGAAAAAGGGGUUAAAGCCGGCUGAACGUAUUUUUAAGCUUCUCUCCAGUGAGAUUUUUGACCAUUUACCGCCAGAGACAAAGGCAAAGGUGGUACCCAUUCUCGGGGAUCUUACUGCUGAGAACUUUGGCAUAGAGCCGAGCAUACUGGCCGAAAUCAGGGGGACAGUAACUGUUGUGUACCACAAUGCAGGCCUCAUUAAAUUCAAUCGGAGUCUCAAAGACACAGUUCUAAUGAAUGUCUUAAGCACUUUACGAUGUAUAGAACUAGCCAAAAGUCUUGCUAAACUCUCAGCCUUUAUCUACACUUCUAGUAUCACAGCAAAUACGAAUAUUCAAGGGAAGAUCAGUGAAAAGGUUUACAAGACCAAGCGAUCACCAAAAGAAAUGAUUAUGCUAGCACUAGAGUCACCUUCAACACUCGAUAAAGUUCCUGAAAUUAAGUCUGACAUGAUUGAGGGGCAUGUAAAUUCUUAUACUUAUUCCAAGCAGCUAGCUGAGAAUCUGAUUCUUGAGGAGCUGAGUGGUUUUCCAGCUGGUAUUGUCAGACCAGCUUUAGGUAUUGGCUUACAUAUCCAAUUUACGGAUUCUAUGAACAUAAAGUUCCAGGAUGGAUGGGAACGUCAACAGCUGGACAAUGUGGCCAAAUUAAAGGUCACGUAA